UCAGCGGAGACCGGAAGGAGGAAGAGAAGGCCAGAAGCAGGAGCUCAUAGAGAUAGGAAAGGAGACCGGAAGAAGGAAGAGGUGAGGCGCAGGAGCUCGUAGAGAUAGGAAACCUCUAGACUAGCUUUUUAAAAGUAUUGUUUUGUUCUCUGUGUAAACCGCCGUGUGAUCCUAUGACGAAGGGCGGUAUAUAUAUUAAAUUAUUGAUUUAUUUCAUAACAUCUAGACACCUCUUGGUUGUUUUAAAAAAAGCUAACAAAACACCUCGAAGCGGCUAAUAAAAAAAGGCGAGAAUUAGUGAAAAUUUCUGCAUUGCAGAGGGUUGGGCUAGAUGACCCUCGGGGUCCCUUCCAACUCCCCAAUUCUGGGAUUCUUCGGACUUUUCACAAGCCUGCCCUGCUUUCUUGCUUCUGCCUUCCAGCAGAAAAACACGCGCAGCUUUAAGUCCCGCCGGGUCGCUUUCCCUUCACGGGCUCCCGCCAUCGCAGGCGAUAUUACAAGUGCAGCCCCGAAGCAUCCGUGUCCGUGUGGAAACCCCGUCACGUGACCCACGGAGCCUCCAGUCUCGGCGUUUCCGAGUCUAUGAGCGCCAGGGGGCACAUCUGAUGCGCGCCGGAAGCCGCGAAGGGGCGGCGGCGGUGCCUCGCUGGAAGCUGCGCCCUCGUCGCCGUCCGAGGCUCCUCUGAGCUCCUGGUGAGGCUGGCCGGGCUUCUCCCCCCCCCCCCCACCGCCGCUGAGGGACCCUCGUGGGGCGGGCUCUGCCUGCUAAGCCCCUCCGCUGGGUGACGAGAGCCUCGCCCGGGUAAGGGGCUUCUGGCUGCCAAGGGGGGGCUAAGGUUGGGGGGGUCGCAGGCUCCGCGUGGCAAGAGGCCGACCUGUGCGCUCUCUCAGGCCUCGAAAGUACCGCCCGGUCUCUGAGCCUGUGCAGAGUGCCUCCUCUCCCCCCCCCCCAUGGACAAGGGACUGUGAUGCUCAGGGUCCAGGGCUGUUCCCUUCGGUGGCGCAGGCUUGCCAUGGCAGAGGGAGGAGAGGUGCUUCCUGGAAUAUCCUAGAGUUGGAUGGGGACACCCAGAGGGUCAUCUAGCCCAACCCCCUGCGAGGCAGGAUUCUCGACGCCAGUCCUCCCACCCCAUACCAGACCCUGCUUAGCUUUGCAAAAUGUGCCGCAUGUUUUUAUCUACGCCACUAGAAGGCUUACUGAGGGCAUUUGAGCAGCAGCAGCUGGGAACCGUUUCGCGGCCAGUGCCAGAUUUACAUAUAAGCUAAACAAGCUAUCGCUUUAGGGCCCCACUCUCUUGGGGGACCCCAAAAAAAUUAAAGGGGGAAAAACUGGAUGUACAUUUCCAAAAUAUAAGAUAAAAAAACAAAUAAAAUAAAACCUGCAUGUUGUGUAGGCUCAUAAUGGGCCCUGCCUGCUAGCCUGCUCCCUAAAAUAUCACUGGUUUGCUCAUUUCUGUAUCAAUUACUUUGAUAAAAUACAUUUGUUAUGUGCAAAUGGCUUUAGAUACCUAUUAGGUACAUAAAUUACCAUAUAGCAUAUAUUCAACACCAAAAACAGCAACACUUUGUUGUUGACAAAGGACAGCUGGACAUCUAAAGGGCCCCAUUACCUUCAGUAGCUUAGGGCCUCAGCAAACCUAAAUCCAGCCCUGGUUUCGUCCCAGCCAUUUUUAAGUCAGAGGGCUAGCGGUGUCUCUGCCCCCCACCCCAGAUGUUGUCAGACUACAACUAGGAGCUGUUCAACGGUGAAAAGGACUCUCUCGGAAGGCAGCGGACUCACCUUCCUUGGAGGUUUUUAAGCAGCGGUUGGGUGGCCAUCUGCCGUGGAUGAUCUAGUUGAGAUUCCUGCAUUGCAGAGGGUUGGGCUCGAUGACUCUCAGGAUCCCUUCCAACUCUACAGUUCCAUGAUUCUAACUGCCAACGUCCCUGACUGUUGGUUAUGCUGACCUGGGUCUGAUAAGCGGCCAGCAACAUACAGAGAGGCACAGGUUACCCCCACGUCUGUUUUGAAGCUGCCUUUAACUGCCUCCUGUCCAUACAUCCCAACCCAACCAUCUAAAUGUACACAUCUGAAUGUCUAUAAUAUAUGCACCUGCCAGUUUAUGAUUAUGCUUCAUGCAGCUGAGGACGUGGGCUGCGGUGCAUGAAGACUGAUGCCAUAAUACAGUUCAGCCUUUAAGGUGCUUCAAAGCUCUUUGAUGUUUCUGCCAACGCAGUUUGUUAUCUUUUCCAGGAUAAUCCAGUUGCAUCAUGGCUGCCCCAGAUGAGCUCAAGUUUCAUGGUGAGUGUUUUAAUUCCCCUGAGUGAGUUAUGGAUUGUGGCAAGCUUUGGGCACCAGGCUGUGCAGUGUGCUUUCUCUACCCUCCUCAAAACUUCCCUGUUCAUACAUGUCCCACUUACAAGAGCAUAACCUUUGUUGGAUUAUCUACCUUUCCUAUCUCAUUAGUGUUCCAUACCAGGAAUAGUCAGUCUACAGCUCUUGGAAGUGUUAGAAACUGGGACAGAAAAGCUAGGAGCCAAAUGGCUUCUGGGACUUGGGUUGUGGGUGCCAAAAUCGGCUGUGUAGUUGCUACUGGGUGUUUGUGUGGUUCAACAACACUUUUUAUUUAUUAUUUUGAUAAGGAUGAACUAAGUGAUAAGCAAAUCACAUAAGUGACAGAUAGUUAAUGUCACAUUUUUUAGCAAAAAUUGUUAAUAUGUGUUUCAUUUGGUGUUUACAAUAAAAAUAUUGCUACCGUACUUUGGUUUUCAAAACAUUCUACUCUUUAUUGUUAAACUCCUUAAUAUAUUGUCUAUCCUAAAGGCUUCAGAGCACAUACAUUUCAGUAAUCCUCGAGUGUCAGAUAGGCGCAAAAAGCAGCACCCAGACUUGCAGAGGUGUUCGCAAAUGCAGAAACCUUCGGUGCAAAAUGUGCCUGGCGCCCUGCUAAUUUCAAACUCUGGCUCUUGGAGAGUACCCACCCCAUAAGAUAACUUUUGUCCAGCUGCUGAGCACUUGUCUGCUGUUAAGAGGGUUGAAGGAGCAAAGGUUGAACCUUGUAAUGGGAGCAGAAUCCAUUGAAGGCAAUGGGAUUUACAGUGGAAGCCAUGCAUGUCUGUUCAGAAGUAAUCCUAAACACACGGUAGGGAGUAAUCCCCAUGGAACACAAUGGGAUUAUUUCUGAGUAAUCAUGCAUAGGAGUAGCUGUGGUGGGACUUGAACUGGGGCUUUCCUGGCCCACAAAUCAUCAUAUACAGCAUCUCUCUCUUAGGUUCAGGAGAAUAUCAUGAACAGUUUUUAAACUUGUGGAGAAUUUUUGCUUAAUGCAAAAAAGCCCAACACAACGUGUUGUGAGCAGGCUGGAGGUUUUUUUUUGGGGGGGGUGCUGAUUUUUCUUUGGUGUAGAUUGCUCCAGCUGCCUCUGAAGAUAGGUAAGCCUACUUUGAUUUCUCAAGGAAACACAAGUUCUUUGGAAGUAUCCAAGUUUUGUUUCUACCUUAAGCUAGGGUUGCCAUAUUUCAAAAAGUAGAAACCAGGACAACCUAAAAGUUGUUGAGCUUUUUUGGGGGGAAAACCCCUCAAAAAACACAGGUUGAAGCUGGGAGGGAGAAAUGCAGAAGUUCUACUCACUAAACAGUGGGGUCCUAUACCUGUUCUUUCAGAAUUUCAGACAUUGCCUCUGGUACCACAUGAAAUUGUACCUGAAACGCCAGUGUGGUGUGAUGGUAAGAGUCCAGCCUAGGACCUGGGAGACCAGGGUUCAAAUCCCCACUUAGCCACAAAGCUCCCUGGGCCAGUCGCUCGCUCACAGCCUGACUUACCUCAUAGGGUAGUUGUGAAAAUAAAAUGAGGGUGAGGGAGAGCUAUGUACGCUGGGAUAUAAAUGUAAUAAAGCAAAGCAAAGAAUGUUAAAACUAGAGGAAAAAGCCGUCUAGGUUUUUUCACCUCCUCUGUUGGUGGCAUCCUGGGAUUUUAAGCCCCAGAUGAGAAAAUGGUGCAGCAACUGGCUUGGGUAACAAUUUCUUCCAGACAAGUAACUUGGCAGCUCUGCAAUAGGCAGAGCAAAAAUCUACUUUUGCUCACCUGCAAAACUUCUUUCAUUGAGUGUCACGCUAUGGAAGUGCUGUUUUAGCUUUGAGCUACAGCGGCUCUAGAGCGAAAUCUGAUUGUGCUAGUAUUUCUGUCCUGACUGCCUGGCAUAUUUUAUUUUAUUUUAUUUUUUGCAGAAUUUGACGAAGCCAUAGAUUUGCUGGCUGAGAAUGCGGAUGCCACCACUCCUAGCAUCAGUGAGCGGCAAAGCCACACAACCGUAAACAUGUCUUCCGGCUACAAUGAGGAGCCUGAGGCAGAAGAGGAGGAUGAUAAAACAGAGGUGCUGCUGUUUCAAAUUCUGUCCUGUAUGUUGAUUUAUAGCUAGCUGGAGAAGUAGCUGCUUUGCAGCAGGAAGGAAACAUAAGCCUAGCCAAGGGGCUACAUCCUAUGGACCUAGAAGAGAGUGGGAAGGAGAUAACAGGUCAAAUGGGAGCUUUGAUGUAAAGCACAGUGAUUUACAUAGAUAAGGAGGAUAGGAGGCAUAGAAUGCAUAUUACACCUGGUCUGUAGCAGUUGCGCUGGUUCCCUCAUAGCUUCCCAGCCCAACUUAAGGUGCUCUCUCGCAUUUGUGUUGAAAGCCUAGGUAACGGGGCUCCAAAUAGCUGAAAGAAUGCCUCAUUUCCUGUAAGCUUGGGGCUUAAAUUCAGCAGAGAAGGCCCUCCUGGUAAUUCUGUUUUACAGGUUUGGGGGAGCUUGUGAGAUUACCUUCUUGGUGGUAGCUCCAAGAAUGUGGACCUCCCUUUCCACAGAAGUUUGUCUGGCUUCCAAUGUUUACUUUGAAAAGGGAAAAAUUUAGUUUUGUGUCCCUCCUGUAACGUGUUGUAUGGAAUUAGUGUUUUCAGAUAAUGGGUGUGCUUUUUGUUUGUUGAUGUUUUAAAGGUACUCUGUGUGUUUUUAAUAUGCUGUAACCCACCCUGGAACCUUAUUGUGAAGGGUGGGUAAGAAAAACAAUAAAUAACAACACAAUGCGCAUACACACACACACACACACACACACAGAGGGGGGAAGCACUUUGCUGUGUCACCCUACCAAAUUCACUCUUGAGCAGCCAAAAUUCCUAUUGUUCCUUGUGUGAAGAGUAACUGGAAGAAUUUCCAUAAAAAUAAUGUUCCCUAGUAAUUAUAGUCCCUCUCAUAAGUUUCACCCCCACCUCUUAACACACACAACUGCAGCCUGUGGAGUUUCCUCAAAGCUUGCUGAAAGGAGUUCCUGGGAGGAGAAGCGUCCAUGAAAGAAAAAGGUCUUCUUCUUGGAUUUGGAAUGAAGCACUCUGCCUCUUUUUCUUUUCUUUAUUAAAGUAAGAACGCUUAGGGCACGAGGUCAGGAGUUCUAUCUUCGCAAGAGGCCCAGGGGUUGGUUUGUCUCACCCAAAAUAUCUUUCCUGGCCGAGGGCAAAGCAGUAACCUGCAUUCUCAUCCCUGCAGCUCUUGAGUUCCCAGAAGAAGCAAUCCAGUUUCUGGACCUUUGAAUAUUACCAGGCUUUCUUCGAUGUUGACACAUACCAGGUAAGGGAAUUCGUGUAGUUCUAGCUUCAUAGGCACAGCCAAGAAUCAGCCACAGUUGACAAGAUGAGGGAGCGUAGUAACUCAGCUUGCAAGUGACAAGCACAAGACCUGCCGUACAGUUUGCAGGUGGCCCUCCAGCUGUUUUUGGACUACAACUCCCAUCAUCCCUAGCUAACAGGACCAGUGGUCAGGGAUGAUGGGAAUUGUAGUCCCAAAACAGCUGGAGGGCCAAGUUUGGCCACCACUAGGCUAGAUGACCCAUAGGGUCCAGUUCUGUUUCAUGGAUGGAGGCACAACCUCAUGGCUGGCGCAUUUGUAUUGUGCUUUGAGCCUAAUUUGGCUCCAGGAUUCUGCUGUGGCUGAAUUACCACCAUUAUUUUGUUGGGUACAAAUUGAAGAUCUUCCUGAUCAACUGAUAUUUUCAGGAGCUGAAAUCCACAGCGGUGAUGUUCUGACUAUGGGGAUGGAGAUUUCCUAACCAUGAAGUUAGAAUAACGAAUUGAGUUCAGUCUUCCCUCCACCACAAGCAUGCUUGCUUGGCUUUGGGCAACCAUAUUAUCCGUCUUCUCUCCAUACCCUGACAAUGGGGUCUAGUGCAAGGCAUAGAAAUGCCUGUACAAUAUUUCUAGUAGUUCCUGCACCUCCUGAGAUGGGAAGCAAAAAGCCCUGCAUCCUUGCACGUCCCCAUGGGGUCCAUUUUGCUGAGGCAAGGCCUAUUUCUUGUUUAUCAGGUGUUGGACAGGAUAAAGGGGUCGCUGCUUCCGCUGCCAGGGAAAAACUUUGUAUGGCACCAUCUACGGAAUAACCCUGACCUGUAUGGUGAGUACAGAGAGGUUCAGACUGAUGCAGAACACUGCCUCCUGCUUUGCAAAGUCUGGAUUGAACUGUAAACUGUGAUGUAGGACAGAGAAUGCAGCUUGCUCAGCAUCCUGAGAAGCAAGUCCUGAUUAAGCGGGGAGGGGGGUGAUAGGAAUUUUGAGGUCUUAGAUAUAUGGUAGUGUUCAUAAGUCUACCAACCAAGCACGUACAUAGAUCAGCACAGGAUGACCCACCUGAAACCAUUUUGAUUACCAAACUGACCAAAUGUUUCCCCUGCAAGGAGGGAGCCUUCCCAUUGUCUCAGGAAUUGAGUAAUCAGCAUUUUAAUGGGUGGCAGACUAUCAGGAAAUACAAUCAGGAAAGGCAAUCAGAUAACCUGGGGGGGAAGGAAAAACAACAGUCAAAUUUCUGUUUUAGACCGCCUUUUCUGUGAUGUAUGUAUGAUGUUUCUGGGGGUGGUCUUGGUCUACAGGGUGGCAAUUUCAAAAGUCUGUAUAAGGCCUUACGCGCCAUUGUUCUGGGUUCCUCCUCCAUCCUUCGUGUGGUGAGGACCCUGUUGCAGCAGUUCAAUAAAGAUCAGGCUUACUAGCUGCUUUGCUUCUCAAUAUUUUCUGGUUGGCCUCUGUUAUUUUCUCCUACCAAUAGGGAACCUAUGUGAGGACGCUAUAUGGGCUCUUGGAUACCCCAUAAGGGAAAAGGGCAAUUUUUGUUUACAACAGGGGGGUGAAGCUUGCUAGUCAUCUUCCAGAAGUGCAGUCUUCAUUUCCUUGCUCUGUCAUCCCUAAGUACAUACCUUGCAAGUGGAAGGUCCCAGGUCAACCCUGGGCAUCAUCAGGCAAUGGAUGUCUGACCCUGGGAAAAGCCAUGGGGAAUUAGAACUACAUCAGACUUCCCCAGCUUGGUGCCCUACAGAUUCUGCUUCUUCUUCUUUGGCGAUCACUCAUAGCCGAGUAAGAUUGUCUUCCAUGAACACGGUUUUAACAGUGAGUCCGUAAGUGAUUGUGGAGCUCAAUUCUGGAUCCACACUUCCUUCCACAGUGGGGACAUAGGUUUCCGGGUGGGAGUCGAUCACGUUGAGGGUUUGCCAAGCGUGCCUUCCUCUUAGCACAUUUCUCCCUUUCGUCCCGUGUCUGAGCGUCUUCAAAGCCCAUGACACCUUUGGUAAAGGCUGUUCUCCAAUUGGAGCGCUCGCAGGCCAGUGUUUCCCAGUUGUCGGUGUUUAUAGUACAUUUUAAAAAUUUGCCUUGAGACAGUCUUUAAACCUCUUUUGUUGACCACCGGCAUUAUGCUUUCCAUUUUUAAGUUCCGAAUAGAGUAGUUGCUUUGGGAGACGAUAAUCGGGCAUCCGAACAACAUGACCAGUCCAAACGAAGUUGAUGUUAAAAAAGAUUCUUCAUUGAUUCCGAUUCUUUCUUAGACUAUUUGGACUAUAGCUCCUAUCACCCUUGACCCUUGGGCCAAGCUUGCUGGGAUGAUAGGAGUUAAGCCCCAAACAUCUGGAGAACAGCAGGUUGUGGAGGAGGCUGCACUAAAUCGACUGGUAGCCUAGCAAUGUGUUACACUUUUGUGUGCCCAAGGUUUGUUCUUGGGGAAUGUAGAUUUCCCUCUAAGGCCUGCUCUACCAGGUGGCCUCCAGCGUUGUGCUGAGACACCUCCCCUGAGCCCCAGCUCUUUAGUUGCUUCCUUGUUCUGUAUUUGGUAAACGAGUUCACAGUCGGCUCCAUUCUUUGCCCCAUGCUGAGGCAAGAAGUCUGCCCGUCUUUUUUGGUCUUCUAAUGUUGUAUUUCUGCCUCUCGCAGGCCCGUUCUGGAUCUGUGCCACGUUGGUCUUCACGCUGGCUAUCAGCGGCAACUUGUCCAGCUUCCAGGAGAAAAAGGGAAGCCCCCAGUUCCACAAAGGUGAGCAGUCGACGGGGGAGUGUCUCUUGCGAUUUAAGCUUUAUGCAAUCAUAACCCUUUUAUAUAUUGGGUAUUGUUGAAGGCACACAAAGAAUGGGCAAAAGAGAGAUUUUUGGGGGGGGGAGGUAAAAAAUAAGUUGCUCGUUACCUGCAAAAGCUUUUGAGCAAGGUGGCAUGCGGCCUACAAAAAAGCAGGAAACAAGAGCUGUAGUAAUGACUCCUUUCUUUCCUACUGGGGAUGUGUGAGAUUGUUAAAUGGACAGUAUUCAGAAUGCCUAAAUUUUAGCUCCCAGAUAUCCUUAACUUCUCGCAGAGGAGCAAAAGCUCCUUAGCAUAACUUAGUCAUAAAAUGAAUGGAAGCUUUAAAAGUAGUUCUCAGUUAUGAUAGUAAACACAAGAGAGAGGGAAGUGUGUGUGUGUGUGUGUGUGUGUGUGUGUGUGUACACACAUGCACAAAACUCCUUCCCUCCCUCCUUCUUGUGUUUACUUAUCAUAACUGAGAACUACUUUUAAAGCUUCCAUUCAUUUUAUGACUAAGUUAUGCUAAGGAGCUUCUGCUCCUCUUUGUCCCUGCGGGAGGGCAGGCAGAAGGCAAAUAUGUAGUGGCUUGUUCCUGGUAGGGUAAGCCCUGGUUACUGACCCUGCCUGUGCUUUUGCCUUGGAGCGAAUGCUGCUCUUAAUAUUGUUUUCCUUUUCUUCUCUUCCAUAGUGUCCAUUGCCGGAAUAAUUAUCUACUGCUAUGCCUGGCUGGUACCCCUUGCCCUGUGGGGCUAUUUGCAGUGGCGAAAGGGGGUCCAGGUCCAUGUGGACUCCUACACCUUCCUGGAGAUGGUGUGCGUCUAUGGUUAUUCCCUAUUUGUGUACAUCCCCACUGCGGUGAGUAAGGCAAAUGGGGUGGCAGGGAAAAGACUGGUUCAUAUGUCGUUUCUUUUUAGUUUGCAGAGCAUAACGUUCCAGUAGAAAGUGCUCAAAAGUCCUGCUCCGUUGUGCUUUCCAUUAUUAUUAGUAGUAGUAUUAAUAUUAGUAUUAUAUUCAUUCAUUCCCUGCCCAUCUGGCUGGGUUUCCCCAGCUACUCUGGGCGGCUCCCAACAGAAUAUUAAAAACACGAUAAAACAUCAAACAUUAAAAACUUCCCUAAACAGGGUUGCCUUCAGAUGUCUUCUAAAAGUCAGAUAGUUGUUUAUUUCCUUGACAUCUGAUGAGAGGGUGUUCCACAGGGCUGGUGCCACUACCGAGAAGGCCCUCUGCCUGGUUGCCUGUAACCACACUUCUCACAGUGAGGCAACUGCCAGAAGGUCCUUGGAGCUGGACCUCAGUGUCUGGGCUGAACGUUGGGGGUGGAGAUGCUCCUUCAGGUAUACUGGGCCAAGGUCGUUUAGGACUUUAAAAGUCAGCACAAACACUUUGAAUUGUGCUCAGAAAUAUACUGGGAGCCAAUGUAGGUCUUUCAGGACCAGUGUUAUGUGGUCUCGGCGGCCACUCCCAGUCACCAGUCUAGCUGCCACAUUCUGGAUUAAUUGUAGUUUCUGGGUCACCUUCAUUGCAGUAGUCCCAAGUGGGAGAUAACUAGAGCAUGCACCACUCUGGCGAGACAGUCUGCGGGCAGGUAGGGUCUCAGCCUGCGUACCAGAUGGAGCUGGUAAACAGCUGCCCUGGACACAGAAUUGACCCUCACUUCCAUGGACAGCUGUGAGUCCAAAAUGACUCCCAGGCUGCGCAUCUGGUCUUUCAGGGGCACAGUUACCCCAUUCAGGACCAGGGAGUCCCCCUCACCCACCCGCCCCGUUUCCCCCAAAACUGUACUUCUGUCUUGUCAGGCUUCAGCCUCAAUCUCUUAGCCGCCAUCCAUUCUCCAACCACCUCCAGACAUUCACGCAUUCCUCAAGCACUGCUAGUUUUGUGCAGUGGGAUUUCAGCAAUAAGGACCUGAAUUAAAACUCAGAGCUGCCACUGGCUGAGGUCCUGUUUCUCAUGAAGAGUGCAUGAGAUCUUACUCAACUUCCACUUCCUUCAUUCACAGAUGCUGUGGCUGAUUCCUAUAUCCUGGCUGCAGUGGCUGCUGCUCAUCUUUGCAGUGGGUCUCUCUGGCUCAGUUCUGGUUCUUACCUUCUGGCCAGUUAUCCGCUCAGACACCAGGCUGGCAGCUUGCGCCCUGUUGGCUGUCAUUGUUUCUCUCCAUGUCCUUCUGGCUAUUGGUUGCAAGGUAUAUUCUCUUCUCUUCCCACUAAGCUAGGGCAAGGUUUGGAGAGCAAAAUGCUACUUGUGCCGAGAGGGGAAGGAAAAGUAGAGGGAAAUAAGCUGUGUACGAUGCAGCCGCUAGAAAGUCAGAUAUUUCAAAUGAGUUUUUAGCCUUGGAAGUUGCAGAGAUUUUACAGCAGCAAAAAUACUCAGGGCUGGAAACAUGAUGAUGUCAUUGCAUGAUUUUACUAUAUAAUUCUGGGUACCCUGUGGCAAUUUAGUAUUAUGAACAUCUCUAAACCAGCCUUUGCCUAUCUGGUCAUGCAGGCAGGGAGUUGACUGGAGGGCAACAGGUUGACAAAAUCUGCUCUGAACUUACAGUAUUUGAGGUAGCUUUAUACUGGACCCCUGAAAAAAUUGUUAGAAUAUGAUGUAAACAUUGCAUAGUGGAAGUACAGACGUACCUUGGAAGUCGAAUGAAAUCCAUUCCAGAAGUCCGUUCGACUUCCAAGGCGCGGCUUCCAAUUAGCUGCAGGAGCACCCUGCAGUCAAUCGGAAGCCGCGCUGGACAUUCGGCUUCCAAAAAUCAUUCACAAACCAGAACAAUCACUUCCGGUUUUUGAUUGCUCGGGAGCCGAAAGGUUCAGGUUUACAGGUGUUCGGCUUCUCAGGUUCCACUGUAUAGAUAAAGUAAUUCUAAUUAUAUCAUAGUGCUCAUUGUGCCCAAAAUUAUGAGGAACGGAACAGGCAUUUGAUUAAGGCUGUGAUUUACCGUUGAAAUCUUUCUAGCAACUGUUCCAGCACUUUUAAGGCCCAACUAAAUGUUGGUUGGGAGCAAGAUUUUGAGCUCAUCAGAACUUUUCUUCAGACUGGUUGGACCACCAGGGGUGGGGGAAAUGCUGCCAGAUAUAACGGGAACGACAUUUCUGGUGCAAAAAGACCUCCGCUUGUGACGACAUCCUGGGGUGAAUGGAGGAGUAACGAUUGCUCUCGCUUUGAAGAUAGCAGCCAUUUGGUUUUUCCGCUGAUGUACCUGCAAACCAGAGCUGGGGGCGGGGGGGCUUUCUCUGUAUGAAAGCUGCAUGCUGGUAGUGAGUGGGACUUGCCAUAGCACAACGUAAAUCGGAUUUAUGCGACACAUCUCUAUCCAGGCAGGCUAGAAGCAUCAACCCAGUUAAAUCCAGACAGGAAUAUGCACGGAGAUUAUGCAGCAAGAUUGGUGAGGGUCGUGAUCCGGGGAGGGAAAUGGUCAAGGAAGGAGGCAGCAAGGAGAAGCCUGGAAGGUCCCUGAACCCUGGGGUGUAAGCUACACCUUUGAUGUGGAUUUUAAUGUAAUUAAUGCAUAUAUUGGUGCUGCUCGCUAAUUUGCAGCACAGUGGGAAACGUAUAUGCUGUGUCAGCAGAAGCCGAAUUUGUAAAUGACGGAAUAUGGCUGGAACAGUGAAGUUGAUAAAGUCUGUAAGAUCCCAGAGUGUUACUUGUAUACAUCUAGACCAGACUACUGCAAUGCUGUUUAUGUGAGGCUGCCUCUGAAUAGGGCUCAGACCAGGAGUCGGCAAGGUUUACCUCGCCUGGGCCAGUUCACUCCAGCAGAGUUCCCUCCGAGGGCUGGAUUGUGCGCACGGGGUUGCGAUUUCCGGCGCCUGUGCAGAUGUGAUUUUCAGCGUCUGAGCAUGCACAGGCGCUAUUUUCAGCACCAUGGAAGUGAGUUCCUGCGCCAGUUUAGCACAGCACACAGGGACUCGGUUUAGGGGCAGCUCAUGGGCCAGUUAAACAACCCCCAUGGGCCGUUUGUGGCCCAUGGGCCUUAGGUUGCUUUCCCCUGGCUCAGACCCUUGCCCUUGUGCAAAAUGCAGCAGACUGGGUACCUGCAGGGGCUGGGCUCUUAUAUCAGAGUAAUAGGUUCCAUGAAUUGCACUGGCUGCUUGUUGGCUUCCAAACCCAAUUCAAAGUACGGAUCAUAACUUCUAAAGCCCGGAACAGUUUGGGACCAAGUUUGGGCCAUUUUACCCGUACGGGGCUGCCAGGCCUUGAAAUCGGCUACAGAGCCUGUGCCUGCAGAUUCACCACAAGGUAGUCAGGCUGGAGGGUGCAAAAUACGGUUUUUUUCAGCGACAGCCUCUCAACUAUGGAACUCCCUUCCUCAAGAGAUACGUUUUGCUCCCUACUCGUCUUAAGCAGGCCCUAAAUAUAUUUUCAGUCCACCCGAGAAAACUGGGGGGAGUUUUUAAUUGAAUAUUACACUCAGUGUAGUAUUGGGAUUGUUGGCUGUUUGUGAUUAUUUGUUUUUUGCUAGUUUCAUAUUUUUAGUCUUAAUUUGUAGGAUUUUAAUAGGUUUUUAAACAUUUUAUACUUCCUUGAUUGUGAGCUGCUUUGAGAAUACUUUGGGUUUUGAAGAGAGACAAAUGUUAAUAAAUAUUAGUAUUAAUAUUCUAACAUUCCUUAAAAGCUUGGUUUAUUUGCUUUUUGCUGUCUUUUCGUUUUAUAUUUUUAAACUUCAAAGUCUAUUAAGUACAACAUAAGAAAAAUAAAUGAGCUGUUUUGCAGCUAGCCCCCCCCAAUCCAUUUUUUCCUUUGUUAAACUCCCUUCACUUUUGUCUUGUGUUUUCAUAUAGUUUUAGGCAUGUUAUAAAAAAAUACAGUUGGCGUUACAGUGUGGACUUUUCACAUGCAUGCAUUUCAAGGUUCGGAAAUGACACUGUAGGCUGAGACAGAGGUGUGCAAUGUGCUCAGGAUUAGUCACAUUCUGCCUGCAACACUGAACUUAAAUGAGAACUCUUAAGCAAACUCUAUGGCCCCACCUUGGUAGUGUCAAUACAAACUCCACAGCCAAGAUCCAACAAGGAUGUGGAUUAUUGUUCUUACGCACAUGCCUCAGGGCUGGUUUGGACAUCCUGUACAAAGCUCUCGUCUAAUAAACAGGGAAACAGUUAUAGCUGGAUAUCCAGCCUAACGUGGGAUGGGGGGGGAUUAAAUUACCCAGCUAAAAUGAAUCCAGCUUUCCCACUUACAUUUCAAGAAUUAGUACAUGCCGAUUGCAAAUGUACAGAUUUACUGUCUCACUAUGCUACCCUAGGAAAAUUCAGUUUCUUAAAGAAAACUUUGUGCUCUAGAGAAUGGAGUAUUAUUUAUACUUCUUCUGCCAUUUGCCAAACUGGAUUAGGAUGGUAACAAGAGAAACAGUUACACAAUGUUUCCAAACCUGAUUCCCCCGGCCCCGGCAUACUGACAAAUCUAUGUAUUUUUGGCGCGUGCAGCUAAGCCUUGAAGAAACAGGUACUGAACAGUUUCUCUGUGAAACGUAAAAUAAAUGGUAAUGCUUGCUCCCUCAGCAACUUGCAGAACAGGGAAGCAGGCACAUCCAGUGGGCUACUCUAGAGAAUAUAUGGCAUCUCCAGCCCUUAAUAUAAGACCUUGUUUUGCCAUUAACUUGGUAGCAGAAAAGUAGCCCAAAAACAAUUUGCCACGGGUCAUGUAUUCAGUUUGAGACACACAGGUUUUGCUUUUGCUUGUUUGCUUUCAGGUUUUGAUUAAACCAGAGUAUUCUUAAAAGUGCAGUCACUGAGUUUUCAAAUUAACUUGUUGAUUCUAGGUGGAGGGAGGCAAGCCUGCUUGAUUUCUACAGCUGAUUAAUUUUCUUCUCUUUGAAGCUGUAUUUCUUCCAGAAUGCAACCGGCACACCUUCUCAUCCCACGCCAGCUGCUCAUUUCGGCAGAAGCACACCGCCUCACCCGGCCAACCACUCCAACUCGCAUAUGUGAAAGGCAGCUGGUAAGAACUUCUGGCCAUCCCGUAAGGCAUGCAACAGAUGCUAAAAUGCUGCUGGGUGUCAGAUAUUCUUUGUCAAAGCGCCCACUGCUCCCCAAUCCCCACCCCUACCAAUGGAAGCAUAGGAACUAAUGUGCUUCUGGGAGAGGUAACAAGGGGUUGGCAUCUCUCAUCUUUCUCCCUUAGUGCAUGCCCUACUUACAAGACCUAACAUCUCUGUUGCAGACACUUUCAUCAUGAAUGUCUGGCCUCAGGGAAAGCCCAUGGGCGAAGGACGGUGCACACUCAUUCAAGAGGCAAGGAGACACCUGAGCUGGAACAGGGACCAAGCUGCAUCACCUCACCAUUUCAAGACUUUUGUUGUCCUACUUCAGCCAGCCAUGUCACAAAGGUGCCCAAUUUGGAAAGAACCCGACUUUUGGAAACAAAUUUAAAGGCCUGGCUGUUAACAUCACAAAACGUUACUUGGGGUGGAUGCAGCUGCCUUUUGCUCCUUCACCACAGGAUGGGCCUGCAGUCCUGAGAGGGCUGCAGAAAGCGACUGCAUGGAGUGAUUAUCUAUUGUUCCCCUUCCAGUUAAAUCUUUGGUAACGGCGGGAUGUAGCAGAGUCAGCUGAUGGCUGAGACUUUUUAGAUCCUCGGUGAGUAAGGGUAGAUGAUCAGGAAUAGAAGUAAGAGCUUCUUUGGAGGGAAGCUUGAAUGAUAGGGAGGUUGAGCACUUCAGAUUACUUUGAUUUAGUUUAGCUACUUGAUUUUGUUUUCUAUGGAAAGCUAAUUUAAAUAAAACUGCCUUUUAAGAGGA